AUGUCUUCUCGAAUAGUGCUGCGAAAUUGUCUAUACGGAAUCAACGUAAAUGAAGGGCCAUUGUACUUUGCAUCGCCUGAAAUUAAGGACAAAAUUAACUUGGUUACUUAUGACGAGAACAUUCCUGGUUCAGAAAUAGUGAAUAGUAUUUUGUAUAACCUUUGUAACGUGUUUCCUCCGCAAGAAGACAUCGUUAAAGCUAGGAUAAAUGAUCGAAGUUUGGAAAGCGGACUUAGAGCAAAAUGGAACGAAAGUGGUUCUAUUUGGAGCAGUUUCUUGUUGGCUAUGAAUUCGGAAACAGAGAGAUCCUAUCAAAGCAGUUUUGUUGUAAAGAUCAACAAUGAAGAUAAUGAAAAUACACAGCAGUAUACAAGAGAUAUCAUUGAUUUUGCCAAAUCGUUUGGAAUACCCUGCAUUUUGAAGCUCGUUCCAAGAGAAACCAAGCCGGGGUAUAUGGUUGAUAUUAUUUCAUGUGAAUCUCAAAGCCCUGAGAUAGAUCGAUUUGAGAUAUUACCAGUGAAAUAUUCUGGCUAUCAUCCAUUGUUUAACUUCGGACACUCGAUUUUCAAAAGUUUUGACGAGACACGAAAUAUACUUGAUCUCGCGGAUUGCCAUUUGACCCUACCUGAAAUUAAGAAAUUGAAACAUUUAGUCGAAGAAUACUCCAAGAAGACUUCCCCAACAAAAGCUGCUUAUCCAAAUCCAUUUAUUGUUGUAGAGGGUCUGGAUGGUGUCGGUAAGUUUAUACUUCAAGUAAGAAUAGUUGAAAUGAGAAUUAUAUUGUUGUUUAUACCGGGGUCACAUGCACUAAGGUUUUAG